AUGUGUGAUGAAGCUAAAGGCAAUGGAAAAUAUCACGUAAAUAAUAACUACUGCUACAACAACGGCGGCGGCGGCGGUUGCGAUGACGCCGGUGGUGAUGACGGCGGUGGUGAUGACGGCGGUGGUGAUGACCGCGUUGGUGAUGACGGCGGUGGUGAUGACGGCGGUGGUGAUGACGGCGGUGGUGAUGACGGCGGCGGUGAUGACGGCGGUGGUGAUGACGGCGGCGGUGAUGACCGCAGUGGUGAUGUCGGCGGUGGUGAUGACGGCGGUGGUGAUAACGGCGGUGGUGAUGACGGCGGUGGUGAUGACGGCGGCGGUGAUGACGGCCAUGGUGAUGACGACGGCGGUGGUGAUGAUGGCGGUUGCGAUGAUGGCGGCGGUGAUGACGGCGACGGUGAUGACGGCGGUGGUGAUGACGGGGCCGGUGAUGACGGCGGCGGCGACGUUGGCGACGACAAUGACGACGACACCAACAGCAACUACGGUAAACGGUUAACGUGA